AUGAAGGUGCAGCAUGCGAUAUCGGAGGCUCUUGGGGACGUUGGCGCCAUGCUUGAUGAAGUUGUCGGCAAGCUCAAGGAGCUCGGCAUCGACCUAGAGGAGCUGGCUCCCGACCAUGUCUGCUACCGCUGCUCCUCGACAGUCGAGUACCAGGACGUCUGCGCCAUGCUGAGCCAGCAGGGUGUUCUCCUGAUCGAAUCCAUGAUUGGAGGGCGGCCCAUCUCCACCUUCCAGCUCCAUGGCGCGCUAGAGUAUGACGGCUGGCGCAUCGGCUGCAUCGAAGUGCCAUGCCCCAAGGAGGGGAGGGCGUACAAGAGCGGGUGGGAGCACGUGGAGUUUGUCGUCUGCAAGGAGGGAGAACACAAGGGGAACGAGCAGCUGCUGUUGUGGAAGGAGAAGUACCCUCAUGUACCAUGGGACCUCCGGGCGCUGGGCAAGGAGGUCAACCCAGACAUCUCCCUACAAGUCAGCGAGCAGCAUAGCUGCAAGUUCCACCAGUGCCCCCUUGACCGAGUCAUCGAGAAGGAGAAGGAGCAGAAGCUGUUUGUUCCCGUCCCUCCUGGCUACUUCUCCCAGCUGUCCUGA